AGGAUGCUGAGAAAAUCUGUGUAUCGCAACUUUCUCUUGUUGAUCUUGCUGGUAGUGAACGCACCAAUCGCACCAAAAAUUCUGGAGACCGAUUGAAAGAAGCAGGGAAUAUCAAUCAGUCUCUUAUGGUGCUUCGUAAUUGCUUGGAAGUUCUAAGAGAAAACCAAAAAUGUGGUACCAAUAAGGUAUAUUGUUAAUUAGACAUAAGCUAAUAGAAUUUGUAAAAAUACACCAAAAAUCCUCAUUUAGAUUUUCAUAUAUGUGAUCCUUACACUACAUUACAUUUUCUUGCAGAUGGUUCCUUACAGAGACACCCGUUUGACACAUUUGUUUAAAAACUUUUUUGAUGGAGAUGGUAAAGUGCGAAUGGUUGUCUGUGUUAACCCCAAGAUCACAGAGUAUGAAGAGACAGUUGUAAGUACAUUAUUAAAUACCACAGUACUUUGAAAGGUUGAUAUAAUUUUUUGUACACUUGACUUGUUUUAGAAGGGCUGUUUUUGAUUGCUAAUUUUUAAAAAAUUAUUACAUUUUUUAUUCAGCAUGUGAUGAAAUUUGCUGAAAUGACUCAGGAAGUCCUUAUAACGAAAUCACAACAGACCAACAAAUUUGAUUUAGGUCUCACACCAGGUCGAAGGCGGAUGCAUCAGGAAGGUACACAUGCAGCCGAAGGUACACUCUUCAGUUAAUUUUAUGCAUUGAUAAUUGUUUCAUCUUCGGUGUGAAGAAUUAAAAUCAAUGCAUUUGAAUAUUGCAGCUAUGUGUAUUUAUUGGUACAUGCGCUAAACUUUUAUUGCCCGCUAAAGUAUGUCUUAAUAAGCAUGAAAGGGAUGGGAGGGUAUUCAUCAUAAAGUAACUAAAUAUGAAGUGAAGCUUUUUUUAAAAUUAUUGCUUAUGGUGCUGUCUCAGAUGACAGUACAAUAUGUGUGAUCAUCAUUACAAACACACACACAAAAGAAUUAAACAAUUUUUGCCUAAUUUUUUUCACAGAAAUUAUGCUUCUUCCUCCACCAUCACUAAUUGAUUUUACAGUAGGACCACCUUUCCCUAUUCUAGAGGUAAUUUUAAUGACUAAUGAUAUUAACAUAUAAAUAUACUUUUGCAAAUAUAGAUGUUGAAUUCAUUUUUCACAUUUUAUGGUAUAGCAUUUAACAGUGUGAGCUCUUUGAUAUGUUAAAUAUAAUCCUUUCUUAUAGGUUCUUUUUUUUUAUAUUCAGUUGAUAAGCCCAACUGAUGACUUAACUAUCAAGAACAUCAUCCAGUGCUUGAAUGAGAGGAUUAGACGUAGACAGGACAUGGCAUUUGAUUAUGAAAGAUCUUGUAAGCCUCUUUUUUUCACAUAAAAAUCAAUUUACACUUAUUAGUUAGCUGUAUAUAGGGUUUCUCAAUUUGUGGAGAAUUGGCUUAUCACGGAAUAAGGGAAAGGAAUUUUUCCUCAUCCAGGGAAGUCCCGAUUUCAAAUUUAAUUUAAUUAAAAAAUGAAUUAAACUAUUUAAAAAAAAUUGAUUUUUUUUUCUUUUAAUAAUAAUUGCUAUUGUCUAUUAAUGGAUAAAAAACAAUUUUAGGGUAGUUGAGAGUUUGGUCAUUUGCUUAAUUUUCCACCGUUUAUCCCUAGUAAUGGAUAACUGGCUAAUAAUAUGCUUGCUAAGUAAAAGCAAGAUGUAACGGUCUAUAUGGAAAAAAAUCAACACUUUAUGAGUUUUACAUUCUUUACACAAUUGACAGAUCCCUAAUUCUAGUUUAGAAUCCAUCACUAAAUGUUUUACAAGCAAAAGUUUUUAACAACUUGUAACAAGGGAUUUGUUGGACACACGAAUAUCUUGCUUUGUUUGACACACGAAGCAGUCUGACCAGUGCCCCCUGGGGUUUGCGUACCACAGAUUGGGAACCUCUGUAGUAGAGCACAGGUUUCCAGCCUAUGGAGGUCACACAAAAUAGGGUUUCUAAGGGAUUAAUGUGGGGUGGCCAGCUGAAACAGCUGAUUAAGAGAAGUAAUGAUUUUAAAAUAAUUUUCUUUUUAAUUGAUGUCUUAAGGUUUGAGUUAAAAUUUCAUUCGUGACAUUUAAUAUGUCACCAUUUACAUUAUUUUGGAAGAUUAAAUUAUAGAACGUUUUCCUUACCAAGAAUUUACCCCAUUUAACAACUUUAUUCCAAUAUAUUAUGGUAAGGGUACUUGCUGCUAAAUGGCAGUUACUUGAAAACCUGUAUACUAGAGCUAUUGAGCUUAUUCAUUCAGCGCAGCUAUCUAGAGUUUUAGAGGUUCAUGGUUUAUAGCAAAAAUUUCUUGCAAUCUGUCAUUUGCUGAAAAUUAAAAAAAAAACCUUAGAAAAUUAUACUAAAAGUGUGUACCUCAGAUUUCCCAUGAUGGGAAACGUUCCAGGUCAGUUGUUUAUUUACUAAAAACUUGCAGAUCCCAAAAGAGAGACCCUAGUGUUAUAUCAGGAUAGAAUAGCCCCAGUAAUAUUAACCCUAAAAAUAAGUUGGCUCCUCACCAAUAGCUGGCUUGCUGAUCGAUUUCACCUAAUUGCAGAUAACUAUGGACAUUUUCAUAAGCUGCCAACCUUUUUAUUGUCAAAAGUUACGUUAAAUUUCCAAAGCAUGUUUUCCAAAGAUCAGACUCGAAUAGCUUUAAACCCCAAUUAGGCUGAUUUUCUCUAAAAUUUUAAUGUUAAGUUAGAGAUUAGGGUCGCAGAGGGAAGAGAACUAUGGGGCCCUUGAAAUAAUUACUAAGAAUAGAUUUAGCAGUUGCAUUUUUCAGUUCUAUGUCUCUAAAUGUGCUACUUGUAGUUGUUUCUAUUUCUUAGUUAUCUUUGUAUUGAUAAUAAUUGAAACCUGCUUUACUUUUAUAGGCUCAUCUUUCCGUUCCCAACUGGUGGAAUUUGAGCAAGACUAUGGCCAGAUGAAAGGCCGCAUGAUGGAUCUGGAAGAGAAAUUUAACCAGAGGGACAAGCAAGUUGUCAAAUUGGGGAAUAAAAACAAGAAUUUGGAACGCAAACUAGAUGAAGUGACCCGACAAUUGAAAGAUUUAGAAAGGGAAAAUCAAUUACUUGCACUGCAGGUCUAACUUGAGUUUUUUAAUUAUUUGCUGUAUGAAUUCUGCCCCUUUUUUAAAGUUCAUCCAUGUUGUUUUGAUACCUCCUAAUAGAUAAUUGAAUCAUUAAAGGAAAUUUUAUCUUAACAGGCAGUAAGCAACUAUAAAAAAAUUUGAUAAUCCAGAUCAUGUUAGCCUGGCCUUCAUUCACAAUAAAUCUAUAAACCAGUAUUCAAAUACUGCCUGUCAAGAUAAAAUUUCCUUUAAUGAUUCAAUUAUCUAUUAGGUGGUAUCAAAACAACAUGGAUGAACUUUAAAAAAGGGGGAGAGUGCAUUUAAGGAUCUUACAUAGUCAGUUUAUUCAAGUGAUUUUUAAUUAACAGAAGAUCCUAAUUGAUUUCAUUAGUUAAUAUUUUCAAAUGAAUAAGAACUUUAGCAACUUCCGGUUAGAUGGGAUUCGUUUACAUGUUUUUUGUGAUGAGGAAUAUUUUUUUGACUAUGACAUUAUUAGUCAAUUAAAUCCUCAACAAACUGUGAUUUACAAAAUAAAAUGUCACCAUUGCUGGUCAAGGGAUUAGCCAAAAGUUAGUGUCUUCAAUCAACAAAAUCGCGGUUGUCAAGCUGGUCCAACAAGGUCCAUUGUGUACCAUUCCGCUUCUGCUGUGUGGAUGUUUUCAUCACCCAGUCAAUGGCCAAUAGAAAUAGGAAAGGCGAAGAUGGACAUGGAUUGGCCUUACACUAAGGAAACCUGCUUCCAGCAUAACUAGACAAGCCCUGAACUGGAACACUCAAGGAAAACGGAAAAGAGGCAGGCCGAGGAAUACUUGGCGCCGUGAAGUGGAAGCAGAUACCAAGAAACUUGGCCACACUCGGGGGAAGCUGGAGAGAUUGAGUCGGGAUUAGAUGCCUGGAGGACUCUUUGUAGGCGGCCUAUGUCCUAGGAAGGACCACAGACAUCGAUGAAGAUUGGCUGCUGUCCCUCGAGGACGAAGAGGCGAAAGAGGAAGACUGUCUUCAAUAUGUUUAGCUAAUUAUGUGAUUUCAGGGUUUGUACUGCAUUGUUGAUAUUCGACGCCAUGUUUUUUUAUCACUUCCUGUCUUACUUGAGGCGUAGCAAAGCUCUAUUCCUGUGUGUGCUCUCAGACUGAUACACACCGGAGUGACUUGUGGCAUGUUCAAAUACAAUAUUGCAUUAUAUACCAUUGUGGUAAUGGCUCUGGUAAAUAACUUGUUCACCUGUGAUGCCAAGAGACCAGAAAUGGGCUCUUUAUAUGACAAUUUAGACUUCAGUAAAAAGACAUUUUUCCACACAGCUGGUACUGCUCACUGUGUUUGUAGAUAUUUUACAUAGAGCAUCUCGAUCUUGCUUUACUCAGAGGCCCUUAGGCCGUCAAAGACUGGUACUAUUGUAUCUGGCCUGCAUCCUCCUGGCAAAUUCGUACUCUCUUGGACCGAAAGUCGUUACGAGUGCUGGCUGUCCUCCCUUGCAUACCCCUUCGUGUUCCAAAUCCCAGUCAUCAUGGAUCUGCGGAGCAUGUGACCUUGCUGUACAGUUGGAGGACAGAGGUGUUGCCUGUGAACAAUGUGGGCAAUGUUACCAUAGCUAAGUACAACUAACAUUCUGAAAUUCUGACGUGCCAUGGUACUAUACUGUGUGCGGUGGCCAGAUUAGCCAGUCUGUGUUUGACCUCCAUAGUGCAGGGACAGACUCUACCUUCCCAGAUUUCUCUCUGAAUCACUCAAUCUCCAUACCAAGAGACAUUCGAGAACUUUCAUUCUGCAAGCGGGAAGAGAGUACAGAUAGCAAACCUGAUAACAGCCUAAAACCUGACAUCAUACUGAAUACAAAAACAUGGCUGAACCCCUCCAUAGCCAACACAGAGGUUGUCCCGGAUUAUUACAAAUUAUUCCGUCGAGACAGAAAAGACAGAAGAGGAGGCGUUCUUGUUGCUGUCCUCCACAACUUGGACUGUCACACUGUUCCAGAACUAGAUGUUGAUGACUGCGAGCUCUUGUGGAUGAAAGUGAAACUGAAGGGUAGACGCACACUCUAGGUAUCGCUUCAGAGAUCAACACAGUCAAAGAACGCUUUUCUCCUUAGGGGGGAUUUUAACUUUCCUGGUUGGAACUGGCAGAUUCCUGCUUUGAAGCCCAAGUCCCCAUACCCUGUCCUACACUCUGAAUUCAUGGAGAUGAUUAACAACCAUGGUCUGGAACAGCUGGUUAAAGAACCCACGAGAGGGGGAAACACUCUUGACCUACUCCUCACCAACUGUCCACAUCUCAUCCCAAAAGUUGAGGUCAUCCCAGGAAAUCCCAAUUUAUGUCAAAGCAGACUGGGAUGGCCUGAGGAGUGCAACAAUAGAGCUGAGCUCAAACAUGCAGGAGAUUCAGGGUACAGCGACAACAGAAGAGCUGUGGGUGAAGUUUAAGACAACAAUCACUGAUGCAGUGAAGAAAUUCAUACCACACAAGACCACCAAACCUAAGAUAAUUCAGUCAUGGGUCACGACUGAAAUCCUUAGGCUCAUCCACAGGAGAGACCGCCAAUACAAGCGAUUGAAGAAAAAUGGCUCCCCGAACCAUCCACAACGCUUACUGCAAAGAUGUUACUGGAACUACCUGAAUGACAUCUUCUCAAGACACUCAGACCAAGGGUGUCAAGAACAAGCGCUUCUGAAGCUGUGUGAAGCACCACAAGUCCUGAGGGGGGAUGGCCAUUUAACAUGUGACCCAAAAGCACAGGCUGACAUAUUCAAUCAGAAGUUCCAAUUGGUCUUUGGUUACAGUAGAGAGUACUCCUUCUGAAGACCAACAUGAUGAACAUAGCCCACUCCGUCAUGGUAGCUACCCAGAUUUUAGGGGAGGGUGUGCUUGCUCUCCUCAAAUCAUUAACCCUUACAAAGCAUGUGGUCAUGACAUCAAACCAUGAGUGCUCAAAGAAUUAGCCAAAGAAAUCGCUCCUGCACUGACAAUCCUCUUCCAAUCGUCGCUCUGCACCGGCAGUGUUCCAGCAGACUGGAGAUAAGCACAUGUCACUCCAAUCUAAAGAAAGGGGAGCAUUCCGACCCUGCCAACUAUCAUCUGAUAUCCUUCACCAGAGUGGUAAGCAAACUGUUGGAGCACAUAAUCGUAAGCGCAGUCAUGAAGCAUCUUGAAAGCCAAAUUAUACUCAAUGACUGUCAACAUGACUUCCGAGUUAAUAGAUCACGUGAGACCCAGCUCCUUGAAUUUGUAGAAGACUUGAUGACCAAUCUGGAGAACAGCAAGCAAACUGACAUGCUGGUGAUGGACUUCUCAAAGGCAUUUGACCGUGUCAAUCAUAGUUUGCUUCUACACAAACUUCAGAGUUAUGGGAUCCAAGGGACUACUAAAACACGGAAGUCUAGCUUCCUCGGCAACCGAUGCCAAGCAAUAGUGGUGGACGGUACAAGCUCCUCUUUUGUCUGUGUUAAGUCAGGGGUCCCCCAGGGAUCAGUGCAAGGCCCCUGUUUGUUCCUAACAUACAUUAAUGACCUCCCCGAGAAACUGACAUCCCAAGCAAGACUGUUCGCAGAUGACACAGCAGUGAAUAAGACGAUCGCCAACAGAUCUGACCAGGACCAGCUACAACAGGAUCUUAAUCUGUUAGCUGAGUGGGAGAUGAGCUGGGACAUGGAAUUUCUCCCUGCCAAGUGCCAGACACUAUCAGUCUCUAGAAGUUGUACUCCUCUACACUACCAAUACGAACUGCGUGGCCAUUUACAUGAGCCAGUUUCCUCCAUAAAGUACCUGGGUGCUACCUAUCAAAGACAGGUCCGCUGGGACGAGCAUAUUAACAGUGUGUGCAACCAGGCAAACAGACAAGGCGUAAUCUAAAGAUUGGCAACUCCUGUGUGAAAGAAAGAGCCUAUAAAGCCUUUGUCCGUCCUGUUUUAGAUUAUGCAUCUUCAGUUUGGGACCCAUUUACCCAGAAGAGCAUCGACAGGUUGGAGACUGUCCAGCGACAGGCAGCACGCUUUGGCCCGAACCGCUACAGGACUACCUUUAGUUUUGGCAGCAUGCUGGAAACACGAGGCUGGUCACCAUUGCAGGAACGACGACGACUAUCCAGGCUCUCCAUAAUGUACAAGAUAAAUAAUGGGCUGCUCCACUCCUCUAGCAUUAAACAGAAACUCAUCCCUUUCACCCACAGACAGCGACGAGGCCAUGACAGGCAAUUCUGGGUCAUACCAGAGAGAAGCCAGUAUAGGAACUGCUCAUUCCUGCCAAAGAUAAUCAGGGACUGGAACAAGCUUUCAAAAGGAACAGUUGAGGCGACAACACUUGACACAUUUGCGUCUAUUGCCUCAAGCCUUCCAACCCCCAGUGCAUGAUACCCUCACAAAGUAGCCCUUGCAACCAGGAAAAUAUCCUCAACAACAGGCACAGAAACAUUGCAAAUCCCUUCAACAUGCAUAGGAUUAGGAUCUAAAAUGAUCAAUAAAUUGAUCGUGGCCCCUUAAUAUAUAGAAGAAGAAUAAGAACCAGUUAAAGGAGGGCAUUAAAAGGCUUAUCAAUGGCCAGCCAGAUACCAAUAUGAAUCCGAAAAUAUUGCAUAACAAAUCCGAGGGAGCUUUAUGAAAAAAGCAGCAUUACCAGUACCAGCAAAACCAGUUUAUCAUAUUUUUAUAUGUUGUUAAUAUAUCACUAUAUGCCAUUAUUUCUUUUAAUUAAAAAAAAAAAAUUUUCUUCUUACUUUUGAAGUCCUAUAUUAUAUUAUUUAGGUCCAAGAUAAGGCAUGGAAGAUUCAGGUUGAGAAAAGUGCAAAUGAUAAAUUACGAGCUGAAUUCCGGGAUCGUCUACAGAUGAACAACCAAGCUUGGGAAAAAAAUUUGGUAAGAUUGGUUCAAAAUGUUUGAACAUUUUCAGUUAUAUUUUUAGUAAUUAACUAGACAGUUUUAAUAUCCCUUCUUAUAUUUUUAAAUAACUGUUUCAGGAAAAAGCCAGGAGAAAGGUAGAGAAAGAGAAAGAAAACGAACUUGAUGAAAAGGACAGGAAACUAGAGUUGCUUCGUGAUAUUGUCAAUGAGAAUGAUGUGCUUGCUACUCCACGUAACCGUCAACGUAAUACUCCUAAUCCCACUCCUCGUCCUCGCACUUGUGCUACAACACCUGCUAAUAUGCAACCUGCAAUGUAAAAUAUUGUUAUUUCUCUUUCAUAAAAAAAACCCCCAAAAAGCUGCUAAUAAUAUAUUUUUUAUAAUUUCGAUAAGUUUAUUAAGAAAUGUUGCUUUUUAAAAUUUAAUUUAUUUUAAAAAGUUGUUUUUAAUUUGGUGUUGUUUUUGUAAACAAAUAUAUUAAACUAGAUAUAGCCCGCCAAACAUUGGCAACAGCAAUGCGUGAACUUCCCAUCUAAAAAGUUACUUGACAAAAACGUGAACUCAAGUGAUGCACAUUUAAGAAUCCCAAUAUUUGCUACACCCCUUCCCCCAUGAUACGUCACUGCACACUUUUUAUUUUACGCCCAUGAACUAUAUUAAUAUUCUUAUGUCCCAACCACUUUUAAACCGAAUACUUUUUACACAAUACUUAAAUUAAGACGAUUUCAUUUCCGAAAAGAAAAUAUUCGCACCAAACGCAAUUGCGUUAUUACAAAUAUUUAUAUAUCAUUUAGCGUAGUUAUCGGGAAUUAUAUUUUGCGUGCUAGUGGACUCAUUAUGGAACUACACUCUGGCGUAUCUAUAUAUAGCCUGCCUGGUGGUGUUUGACCUUUGCUGGCGAAUUAUCUAUAUAGAUAAUUAUAAUCUGGAACUUAUUUUCACUCGAUAAUUUUAAUUUUCUCAUUACACACUUCCUUGCUUUAGAUCUGAAACUGACAUUACUUCAGUUGGGUCAAGCACUAUUGCAUCAUCUGCAAGAGCAGCAGCUAUAGCUGCAGGGCGUUUGGGGAAUACGAGAGUGCAAUCACGAAGUACUAACAGAAUCCCAGCAGCUAAAUCCAUUCCCAACCUUUCCCAAGUUGGUGUAACUCCAUCUUCUAGCAAAUCGGUAGGGUAUAUCAUUACACAAUUUUUUUCUAUUGCAUUAAAUUUGAUUAUACUGUCUUUUAGUUUUAAUGGGAUAACUAAUAAUUGGCUAAGUCAAAUUGUUGGUGCAAAGACUGGUCAAAUAAAAGGAAUGAAGAGAUAUAAAAUCUUUUUUAGCUAGUCUUUUCAUAGCCAUCUAAAUCUAAUUGUCUAUUUUAGUUAUACUUUUGGUUUUAUAUCUUACCAAACAUUUUGAAUAACCAGUCUAAUGACAACUAAGCAAAAAUCAAAAUAUUCUUCUUCUCAAAUUGAUAUUUUACAAUUGGUUUUGAUAGAACACAGCUCUUAUUUUGAAAUCAUUUCCGCCCCCACAGAGACAACCAGUGAUAAAUCCCAGAUAUCACAGACGGUCUAAAUCUUCUGGUAGUGCUGAGACUUGGCUGGAGCAUAAACCAACGGAUGUAGUGGAAACAAGUGAGAUGAACACAUUCAUCACAAUUUAAAAUGAAAUCAGGAUUUAAUGUAUCAAAAUUUCUUUUUCAAAGAGAAAAUUGCAAGAAUCUUCAAAUUAUAAUUAAUUCAGUUUUUAAACAGCAAUACUUCUUAUAACAAUAAAUAAUAAUUAUACUUCAUAAUAAUUAUAAAAAAAUAAUAAUUUAAUUAAGUGCAAACAUAUGUUUCAGCACCUAGUAACUAGUAAAUAUAUUAACAUUAUUAAUUAGGGAAUGUACAAAAUACAAGAAAGAAACACUGUACGAAUAGUGCGUCACACAGCAAAAUUUAUAAAUGAUUGUUCAAUUUGCACAUUCAUAUUUAAUGGCUAGAUUUGUUUCUAUUUAGAUACACUAUUCCAGCCUCACAUGGCUAAAAAAAAGUCAGUUACUAAGCUGGAUGUAAAGGACACUAAAUCGGCAACCAAGUAUGUUCUCACUCAUCAAGAGCAGGACUCCAGUGAUGAACUAGUCACCAAGCUGAUUAAGGUAUGUCCCACACAGUAAUAAUAUUUCAGCAACACCACCCUCACCGUACCAGGAAAACUAAUGACACUAGAUCAAGAUUUUAUAUUGUAUGUGCAAAAACAGCAUAGUUCAACUAUUAGGUAAUCAUCAGUAGUGGAAAAAUCAUUUUUAGUCCCUUACAUUACACAUUAAAUUCUCAUCAGGGUGAUGUUAUUCCCACACUUGGAGGUGGUUCAGCAGUUGUCUUUCAUGAUGUAGAGACUUUGAAACAAGUAUCACCAGGGUCAAGAAAAAGACGCAGCCCAACUACACCUAGGUAUGACCCAGGAUUACAGUGGACUGACACUGAAGAAAGGUGUUCUGUGGCCUUGGAAGGACACAGUCGCAAGUAAGUGAAUGUUAAAACCUGACAUUUAAUGCAGUUAUACAUACCAUAAUUAUUUUAUUUGUAAGAUUAUUUAAGACUUUCUUUUGUUGGUUUUAAAUGGUAUAACUAACAUUCAUUAACUGUUGGUGAGGAGUUAAAGAUAUAUAACAUUUAAAGAUGGAGCAUAAUAUAUAAAAUAUUUUUUAGGAAUGUAAUCUUAUAAUCCAGUGACCCAAUAAUGUAAGUUAUGAAUGAACCUAGACUCACAUAUUUUCAGUUACAGCUAAUUAAGAAUGUCUUACUGAAUAUUGGUUUUGCAUUAAUCGAGAAUAACCAGUACAUUAAAAUUACAUGUCAUGUAUCAAGAGCACAUUUUCUGUAUGCAAAAGCAGUCUUGUGAAAACAAUUCGGAAACCACUUGUCUUUGUCGCUGUAUCAUGAGAGUUUUCUUUCAAUAUAAUUGUAGACCAUUAAUUAACUGCACAAUUCUUUAAUUACUUAAAAGUCUACUAAUUAAAUAUCUUUGUUUUCUCUUUCAGACGCAGUAAAACUACUAACUUGUAAACUUGACAAAUGCAGUCUUGAAGCUCUAGACUAUCAACAGAAAUACUUUUAUGUUUUUGUGACUACAUAACUGUUAAGUUUUUAUAGCAUAAAUACUUUGAAGAUGUUUCUUUAGUUUGCAGCAAGUAAGUUAUCUACAUUUUACAAAAUAAUUUAGGAGACAAUUCAUUUAUAUAUGUAUAUGCUAUCGAUGAAAUCAAUAAAUUCACAUGCUGUAGUCUUCUUUGAGCAAAAAAAAUAUUUCCAAGAUGUGAUGAGUCUGAGAAAAAUAGUAUUGUUAAAAUAGGCAGCAUUAUACUACAUUUUAAACCAAAUUUUUUAACUAACCAACCAUUGAGAGCAAUUAUGUUUUUUAAAUAAGAAUUCUAGUCUAAUUUAUUUCUAAAUGUUAAAUUGAUAGGCAGGUUAAGCAUUCCUUGAUUUCUUCUAACUUACAGAAAUGUAGAAGACUUGGCAGUGUCAAAUAGCAAAGCUAUGUGCUAAUAACAUAAUUACAUUCAUUUAUAAUUUUUUGAUGUAGUUCAGAAUAUGACUAGCACUGAACUGACUUUUCUCCCUGCCAAAAAGCGCUACAUUAAGGUAGUUCAGGAAUGCCCUCUUGGUGCAACGAAAUCCCAAUAUUCCUGUUUUAUCUCAGACGUAUCCCACUCAUUUGUAACAAUAAAAGCUACUAAAUUUCGUUUCGUUUGUUAGUGAGCUUUGGUAAUCGUUUGAUUGUUACUAUCUACAAUUUUGUUACAACUGCUUUCAAAACCAACCUCAAGAAACAGCCAUGCCCAUUGUUUCUAAACAUCUGUUGGUUUUUGGCAAGGAGUAAUAAAAAAUAUAUAUUUUUUUAAAGCAAUUAGUGGGGGAUAAUAGAGACUAAGAGGGUCACUAAUUUUACUGGAUCACAAUAAGAAAUAAGACUAACCUGUUAUGCUUUGGUUGAAAAAUGUUCUAUAACUCCCAAGAAUCUGUUCCUCCAACAUAUUUAUUUAAAAUUUAGAUAAAACAGAAAUUAAUUGAACAAAAAAAAUAAUAUUCCAACAGAUUUCUUUACAAAUAUAAUAUUACUCUGCAAAAAGGCCUAAAUAUUUAUAUUUAUAAAACUAAUGUUAAUUAUCCAUAACAGUGUAACUUGUGUACCGUUAACGUUUAAAUGCAUGAAUUUUUAUGUUGAAGUAUAUUGUAGGUAGUUUUAAUCUACUGUCCACUAUUUAAAUUUUGUAUGACCUAUGCUCCUAAAUUAUCAUUAUCAUUUCUGUAUAUAUAGCGCACAGCCUAUUCCAUUAGAUAUUAUGUGCUUCCUGUUCAUUCAAAAUUAUUUUAACAACAAAGAGAGCAAAGAAAAUACUGAUUUCUGACAUAUCAGUUUCCCUGCUAUUAAAGUAUUUAAAUAUAAUAUUUGUAUUAGGGAACAGAACAUGGCUUCUAAUAGUGUUGAUUUCUAAAAAUCCUUAAAAUCUUAUGUGCCUUCUUCCUCUUAGUGCUGGGUGUUUUUGGCAGCUUAUAUGAACAUCAUAUGUUCUCUGGGAAAUACCGAAUCGUGCGAUUGGUCAUUUGUUUAUAUGUACAUAAUCAACAUUAUAGAUCUGUUUGUAAAGGGUAAAACAGCUGAUAUUUUGAUAGUUUAUUUUCUCUCUGUGAACCUCUUGAUAAUUGUUCUAACUUCAGUUCAUUUCCACCUGUACAUUAGAGAAGCAUGCUUUUUAUUCAAUCAAAAUGACAUGAUGAUAUAGACUUUAUCCAUGAAAGAAAAUGUUAUAAAAUUUUGUUUGGCCAUCCAUAAAGUAUGUACACACUAAGGACUGUGGGAUUUGUCGAUUUAUCUGCAGAUAGUCCAUACAUUUAUUCACAAAAAUAUAAUUUAAAAAUUGACCUGAAUUUCUGACAGUCCAUAAAUCUAAUGCUGUAAAAAUAUCAGGAUGUUUUAUAAUUGUAGUGGUACUGUUGCUUUGUGUUUUCACAAUUGAACUCUCCUGAUAUCACACUAGAAUUAGGGUAGUAACAGUUAUAUUUAGUCCAUCAUUAAGUGAGGUACAUGCAUCUAAUAUGUGUCACAAAUUUGUGAUGAGGCCCGGAGGGGGGAAUGGGCAGGUUUAAAAUAGUGGUUAUUAUUUAUUGCCCUUUUGUAUGUUCCACAUUAUGAUGUACCGGUAUUGAGUUAAUUUAGUUUUACUACACCAGUGGUUCUUAGAACUAGAAUAUUUUUUUAUUUUUGACACGCUUACCAUAUGGGUGGUCUAAAAAGUACUCUUGAAACAGUGGGGAUUGAGAGGUAGAAAAUUUGACUUUUUUGGUUUACAUAUUAUAAGGAUGGCCCCUUGUUUGUUGGAGAGGGAUGUGCCCAAUUUAGGAACAUCUUGUUAGAUGAAAAGCUCCACAGAUUUGUCUAGGCGCAGAAUUUAUGAAAAACGUGAGCACAAACCCACUGAUCUGACAUAAAAAAAAAAAAAAACUUCAGUGAAAUAUUUUUAAUUCUGUAACAUUUUCUUUUUUUUUUUUUCUUUAUUUUUUUUUUUUUUUUCUUUUUUUUUUUUUAGGAGAGGGAUGUGCCCAAUUUAGGAACAUCUUGUUAGAUGAAAAGCGCCACAGAUUUGUCUAGGCGCAGAAUUUAUGAAAAACGUGAGCACAAACCCACUGAUCUGACAUAAAAAAAAAAAAAAACUUCAGUGAAAUAUUUUUAAUUCUGUCACAUCUGCUCUCCUGUUUCUCCUUCAACUGAUUCUUUCAUUUCAUGAUGGAUUUGUACAGGAGUUAACAAAAUCUCUACAUGAAUACAUGCACCUUAUGGAAAUAAUGAUUAUUAUUAAUUUUUAUUUCAUUAGUGGAC